GGAGGUAGGGUACGACAGUCUGCGCACGGCCAUUGAUCGGAACGGAAGGCCUGCGUACCUCUUCGCGCUCCUCGUGCUCCUCGUGCUCCUCGUGCUCCUCUCGCCAUCCAGUCGCGGCCGAUAUCGCGCACGCAGACGGCCGCCGCGCCGACAUGAAACCCGUCGACGGAUAAGUCUAGGCCGACACUAUGUUCAAGCGACUGACAAAGGCAAGGCGCCACAGUGCGGACGAGAUCGGCAGCGUCCUGCCGAAUCCGCUGACGCUCGAGGAGGCCCAGCAGCCGGUCAUCCACGACCGGCACCAGCCGUCCGUCACCGCCGCCGCGGCCGCUUACAUGUUCACCGCCAAAUCCAAGUUCUCGCGCAAGAGCUGCGGCGACGCCUAUACCCUACUCACCCAGGAGGACGAGGGCAAAAUGCAACCGGAGACGGAUUACCGAUUGGUCACGGCGAUGCCGGCCUUCAUCGUCGAGCACGAGCCCGAGAAGCACCGAGGCUUAGGAGUAUGGGGAUUGCGCAGGAUGAGCAAGAAGAUCGAGUCGUUCCGACGUUCCGGCUCCCGUGAAACGAUAUGCACGAUUCCCGAGCGCCCGGACAACAAUAAUCACAGUAGUAGCGCAAGUAGCAACGGCAACAACAGUAACAACGUGGUGAACAUUGUUAAUGGCAAUCGUACGGACAAAUACACGACCAACAAUAAUGACAAGAAACAGCCGAACGAGAGAAAAUUCUUUCAGACGUCCAGCAAUAGGUCUCCCUCGCCCUUUAAAUCCUUCUUCAUUAGAAUGGGAUCGACGGGGAUGCUGAAUUCGUCGUCAAAAAGCAGCAGACGCUCGUCCCAGAAUCUCGAAGAUAAACUCGAUCGCGCGCCGGAGAAGGAGAAUCUGUUUAGGAGCUGCAGCACCAGCCAAUUGAAUACCAGUCCGACCUACGUUAAGGGAGACGAUCCGUCGGAGGGCAUUGACCUACGGAUAGCCGCGAAAAACGAGCACGGGAAAACCGUGUCCUGCGACAACCUCAGCGGCGGCCAAUCCGAGGACGACGUUUUCAACGAGUCGCAGGCCUCGCGAGCGUCCAACGCUUCUUCUAGAAAUUUCGUCCCCUGCGACUUCCUCAAUUCCGGCAGGGGCGAGAUAAUGAAGAAGUCCAGUAGUUGCGACUUCAAAGAGGCCAAAAAGACGAAUUUUCCUUACGCGUUUCUGAGAUCGAGACUGUCCGUCCUGCCGGAAGAGAAGAAUUACAGCAACGCGUCGAUCGCUAUGAGCAACACCGGCAACAAAGAUGAUCAUCGUCUCUUCAAGACCGCGUCCGAAGAGCACUUCCCAGCGCUGAAGAUCGAGGAGUCCUUUGAAGGCACGACGACGCUGGGAAGGAGACGAACACCCAAGAACGGCUGUCACGGUAGAGAUUCCCAGCGCUAUAGGCUGCACGAUCCGUCGAAUAGGUACGCCAGAAAUUCCUAUUCCGAGUUCAAAGAGGACCAAUUCCAACGCUAUGACCAUAAGGAUCGAUAUUUUGGCCCCGCGAAUCUCUCGCUCGUGCAUAACGGCAUCGAGGAAAGCUGCAGGAAUUCCAUAUCGCUGCCUUAUCAUGAUAGCUCGUGUCAAGAUAGGCAGGACAUGAUAGACUUGAGGCCCGAUGCGACGUCGUCCUUGAAUCUCGACCUCAGCUACGAAUCCAACUCCAUGACGACGACCUCCACGGGCAUGAUGACGUCGGCGCUAUUGAGGAAUCAUCGGAGAAACUCGGCGCCCAGUGGUGAGCAGAGGCUAUCCUCGCAUUACGUGAGCUCGAACGAGUCCGGGUACGAUAGUGACGGGCCCCGAGGUGAGUCCGCGGCCUCGGAAACCGAAGCGCUCAGCCUCAAGUGCACCGACAGCUCCGACACGAGCAGCGUCAUCGACUCGGAGCUCGAGAAGCCGAUGCGCAGCUCGACGCCCAGCGACUGCCACGAGCACGACAGCAAAGACAUUGUUAAGCUGGGGUGUGGCGUCUACCUCGAUGAAAGGAUCGACGGCCUCAGAUGGCACCAUCAAAGCGCAUCCGGUAGACUCUUACCCAGCAUUCAUCAGACGAACUCGUCGACCUCGCCCUCCAUCUCGCCCUCCUCCUCCUCAUCAUCCUCCUCUUUCUCCAAUUCAACGAGAAUCAUUCCCAAGAGCAUGGACGUCCUUGGGAUUCAAACGGCGGCACACCGCGUGAGGCUACAGCAGGACAAGAAGCGAUUUCUCAGCGAUAUCAUACAGCCGCCAAAACGAAUGCGUCGAACUCGGCUCGUUCAGCUCUCGAAGGUCGACCCGCAGGAAAGUUUGGGCAUAAGAUUGGCGCAGCAACGAGUCGGCGAGUUACGAUACGUUAUCGUUCAGCUGGAAACUGAUGGCAUUGCACACAGGGAUGGACGACUGAGGCUGGGCGACGAGAUCGUGGAGGUCGAGGGCAAGGAUCUACGAACCCUCAGCAACCUAGAGGAGGUUCAGAAUUUUCUUAGCUCUUGCGAGGGCACGCGAGUUCGUUUGAAAACCGCCUACGAAGAGACUCUGCCGCAAGUGUACGUCGGUGACGGUCCCCUCGAGAGUAACGACUACCUCCAGAGCGCGAUGAGCGUUUCUACCCUGAGUCUCGAUGAGUCCCAAAAGUCCCAGGAGUCUAGUUGCCAGAACCGGCCGGAGUACUUGUCCCUCGAUUACACGACGAAGAGUAUGACGACGGGGACGAGCGAGGAUACGGGCAUGCGUCAUCACCAUCAUCAUCACCACCAUCAGCAUCAGCAUCAGCAUCAGCAACAGCAUCAGCAUCAGCAUCAAUACGCGAUGAAGCAUAUCGCGAGAUUCGAGAAAGGUCUGGGAAAGCCGAGUCUCGGCUUUAGCGUCGUCGGCGGCAGGGAUAGUCCGCGGGGCGAAAUGGGCAUCUUCGUGAGAAGGAUCUUUCCUGGUGGACAGGCGGAUGUGUCCAAGGCCCUCUUUCAAGGCGACGAGAUACUGAGUCUGAAUGGAAAAAUACUUCGAGGAUGUACUCAUCAAGAAGUCAUCGAAUUGUUUAAGGCUGUACGCGAGGGACCGGUUGAGCUGGAGCUCACGAGAAGACAAAGGUAUCAUAAAGUCCCUCCGAAGUCGGCACCGUACUAAAGUAAUAAAUCUUGGACGAAGACGAAGACGAAUACCACCAAUUGUGCCUACAUUGCAGACUUCGGCAAUAAUCCGAGUGGCGAUUGACGAUUCACGAUGCUACUUUCGAAUUCGUAGAUUCUAGUCUCCGUUUCUCAUUGUUUUAUAUAAAUUUUUGUUCUUCUUUCCUUUCCCUCCCUUCUUUCUAUUUUUCUCUAUUUCUUGCUUUUUUCCCCUUCGUUGUCUAUUAUGUACUUUAUUUGUAUACGUUUAUAUAAUUUAUUGACCAGUUGGACACUUUAUUAGUACGUCAAGCGACCCAAUUGUAAUGCAGAAGAUAGCCUAUUGCCAACUUCUUUAAUUGUAUAUGUAUAGUUUUAUAUCAUAGACAUAUCGUCUCGUUAUUGUAUAUUUGCAAUGCGGCAAAACUGUUUUCUCAUUAAUUUUAAAGUGCCUCUUCGGUGGCCUCGAACAUGUUUAAGAUUUUUAAAAUGAAGAUUUAUUUGAUUAUGUAUGAUGUUUGCAUACGAAUAUUAUACAAUGCGAAAUUUUGUAUGAUAUGCAGUGCUAAGCAGCCUCGUUCGUUAAUAAAAAGCGCAUAAUUUUCAAACUCAAAUAUUGGCUUGAAUCGUGUAGUAUGAACCUUUUUUU